AUGUGGAUAUUUUAUAGUGCCGACAAUUCAAAGUGUCUUUUUGCUAUUUGGAAUCAGUGGUGUUUGUAUUACGCAGCGUUGGUGUGUUUGUUGUUUUCGCCUGUCAGGACGGAUGAUGCUUGCCCGUCGUCCUGCAUUUGUGCCAGAGACUCGGGGACGGUAACCUGCCGUGAUGGGGAGGACACUGAAGUACCAGGAGACAUACCGGAAUGGACGUCCACCUUGAUACUCUGGGGGAGAAACAUCUCAACUUUACAGCGAGGUGCGUUCAUGAGCAACGACACGGAGUUGGAAAUGACGACCCUCUCGCUGUCUUAUAACGGGAUACAGGUUAUUGAACCGUACGCCUUCCUGGGACUCCCCCGUUUGCAUUUGCUGGAUCUAAGCCACAAUCGAUUGGAGUCUAUCUCAGCCAGGGCUUUCCACGGGUUACCAGACCUGCGCUCUCUUUACCUGAAUCACUCUAUUUUGCCUGAGGCCACGGUGCAGCUUUCAAAUGCGCUCGGCACACAAAGUUUGAGCAACCUCCACAGACUGGAGUUGGCGGGAAACAAUUUGAAGUCCAUCCCCCUGACGAGAUUAGAUAUCUAUAAUCUCCACGCGUUAGUGUUGAUAAAUAACUCAAUAGAGAGCAUCACAGGGGAAAAUGUAACCAGCUUGUACCAGCAAAGGCGCUUACGCGUCUACUUGUCUUUAAACCCGUUUUGGUGCAACUGUGAACUGGUGGCGUUUUACUACUGGUUGAAAAACUCAUCCCAGUGUCCGGAUGCAGGGCGUCUCCUGUGCAGUGAGCCGGAGGCCAAGAGAGGGUUUCUUCUGGAGAAACUCAGAGGAGAGGACGUGGAUUGUAUGAACGAGAAUCUUGAAGCGGUUUCAUAUGUGUUCCUUGGUAUAGUGCUGGCUUUGAUUGGGGUGGUGUUCCUCAUGGUGCUAUAUCUGAACCGAGGGGGCAUCAAACGGUGGCUCAACAACAUCAGAGAGGCGUGUCGAGACCAGAUGGAGGUCUACCACUACCGCUAUGAGCAGGACUCAGACCCGAGACUGGCUAACGUGGCUGUUUAA